AUGAAUGAUCGUGGUCGUUUACAUUUAAUGCCAUUAUAUUUAAAUCGACAAAUCACACUUGAAUUUUUUAAAAAUUUUAUUAAACAUUUAGGAACACGAAAAGAUUUAUUUUUGUCAAAUUAUGAUUUAGAAGAAGAUUUUAAAUUAUUUUAUGAACUUGCUACGGAUGAUAUUUUAGUAGCAAAAGUUAUUAAUGAUCGAGUUAAAUUAAAUGCAUCAAAAACAAGUCAUUUUAAUAUGAUUAAAUAUAUACAAAAAAUAAAUAAAAUUUUCAUCGAUAAUUUAAUUUCUGAUACAGUACGUACAAUUGAUUAUAAAAUUGAAAAUGAUCAAUCUGAUCAUGAUGGAUAUGUUGAAAAAAAAUUAGAUAAAAUAAAUUUAACUUUAUAUAAAAUAAGUAAUAAACAAUUAAAAAAUCGAUUAAAUCCAGUUAUUACUUAUUCAAAUUAUCGAAAAUCAUUCAAUAGAACAUUAGAAAGAAUUUAUAAAGAACAGAUUCAAAGUAAUUAUGAUGUUAAUGAAACUCGAAUAUCUUUAAAUAAUACACUACGUGAUGCAUUGACAGACGAAUAUCAAUGUUCAGCAUUAAAAACAGCUAUGCAAUGUAUAACAGGUGUAGCUGGUGCUGAUAAUUUACCAAUGGAUUUUUGUAAUAGAAUACUUACUAAACAACGAUCAUUUAAUUGGGCAGUUUUACCUGAUAAACCAUCACCAAUCGAUGGAAGUGUUCGACCAUUUGCUGUUUUGAUUACUAUUCGAGGUGUUCAUAAUCGUACCGAUUAUAAUUCUUACAAUAAAUAUUAUAUGAAAGUAAAAAAUUUCUUUGAUCCAUAUAUAAAACAACAUGCACCAGAACAUCUGAAGCAUGCUUGGUUUUCUUCAUCAAAUUUUGCAUUUUAUGGUGUUCAACGUGAAUUACUUUCUGGGUCCUCUUCUUCUCUUCUUGUAUCAUUGGGUAUUGCCUUAGUGGUAUUAUUUCUUACAUCAGGCAAUUUAUUUAUUGCAGUAUAUGCAUUAAUUACUAUUACAUUUGCUAUUGGUAAGCAUCCUUUAUUUUCCUAUGAAAUAUUCUUUAAAUGGAGUGUUGUAAAUUUGAUCGAAACUAUUACUGUUGGUGUAUUUGUUGUAUUAGAAUGGGAAUUAGGAAUUAUUGAAGGUAUUGUUAUUGUUAUGGCUGUUGGUCUAUCAGUAGAUUUUGUUGUUCAUUUUGGUGUUGGUUAUAUUCAUACAGACCCAACAGAUAUUGAUAAUGAAAGAAAAAAGGUUGAAGAUCAAUCGAAACCUAAUGGAAAUAAAGAUGAUAGUAAAAUAAAUACUUGGCGUGUUAUGUAUAGAAAACAACAAGUUGAACGUGCAACACGUGUAAGAGGAUCAAUAUUACGCGUUGGUUCGGCAGUAUUUAUGGCUGCUUUUACAACAUUCGCUGCUGGUUUUUCCAUGAUAUUUGCAUCAGUUAUUGCUAUUCGACAAAUGGGACAAUUUUUAAUGGCAAUUAUGCUAACAUCAUGGAGUUUUGCAAUGUUUUUCUUUUUACCAUUAUGUCUAAUUAUUGGUCCAGUUGGUACUUGUGAAAUAAGUACUUCAUGUGUUAUGUAUAGAAAACAACAAGAUGAACGUACAACAUGUGUAAGAGGAUCUGUAUUACGUGUUGGUUCGGCAGUAUUUAUGGCUGCUUUUACAACAUUUGCUGCUGGAUUUUCCAUGACAUUUGCAUCAGUUAUUGCUAUUCAACAAAUGGGACAAUUUUUAAUGGCAAUUAUGCUAACAUCAUGGAGUUUUGCAAUGUUUUUCUUUUUACCAUUGUGUCUAAUUAUUGGUCCAGUUGGUACUUGUGGUUCAAUACCUUUCUCACGAUUAAUUAAAUGUUUUAAACAAACUCCGCAUCAACAAUAA